AUUACUGUCAGAUUUAUGAAAUUGUAAUGUCUAUGCGUUUGUUAUUUGUCGUUUUGUAUACUUUCGUUCUUUGGAAAGUGGUCCAUCUUGAAAAUGCAAGUGAAGUUUAUUUUGAACCAAAGUCAGUUCAUCUUCAGUCAGGUGGAUUUAGAAAAAUAUACAUAGGAUUAAAGGGUACAGCAGAACAUGAUAUUUUUCUUGAGUUUCAAUAUUGGGACCGAAAUGGCUCUGUAAUUUCACUAAAAGAACCAAAUCAUUCUGUUAUUCGGCCCGUUAAUAACGUAACCAUAAGAAAGAUGCAAUCGGAACCUUCGAAUUUCACCAUUUUUGCGAAAACACCUGGUUAUAUAUACUUGGGAAUAAAGCCUGCUCCAAACGUAAACAUUGUGAACGCAGGUAAACCUAUUUUUUCUGUAACUGUGGUGCAUUUUCAUUGGUUAAAUACAUUUCAAAUUGUGAUUGGCUGGAUUUAUUUUGCCGCUUGGACAGUUUCAUUCUACCCUCAGUUCUUUUUGAACUGUAGACGAAAAAGUGUGGUUGGAUUCAAUUUCGACUUUGCUGUGUUGAAUGUGAUCGGAUUUUUAUUCUAUAGUAUCUACAAUAUUGGUUUAUACUGGAUCCCACUUAUUCAGGAUCAAUAUUUGCAAAGAAAUCCUUUGGGAUCAGUACCAGUACUAGAGAAUGAUUUGGCAUUUGCAUUUCAUGCAUUUCUAAUUUCUUUAUUAACAGCUUUACAAAUAUUAUGUUACGAGCGUGGUGGUCAACGUGUAUCAAAAACAUGUAUAGGAAUAAUAAUAUUAAUCAUUAUCUAUACGAUAAUUGUUUGUAUAUUAGGCGGAGUUCAUUACGUGGAAUGGUUAGAUACGUUCUACUUAUUAUCUUAUGUUAAACUGUUUAUCUCAUUCAUUAAAUAUGCACCUCAGGUAAGUAAACAUGUGAUGUAAUUAAAUAAAUGGAAUAUUUAUUUUGUAAUUUUAUUGAUGAAAGUUUUCCCAGUUGAUUUAAAGUUAUUUCUAACAGUAGUCAUUCAGUUUUUUAGUCAUAAAUAUGAUGUCUUAUUUUGUUAUUUAAAUAUAAUCCUAUUGUUCAAUCGUAAAAGUAAUCUUCCUUUCUUCAGUUUGUAUGGAAUUGAUAAUUCUAAGCACCAACUGUGAGUUACUUUCCUACUUACUGACACCUAUUACUCCUCGUGAAACAUAGGCUACCGAUUAAGAUUCCCUAACCAGUUCUACCCAGAACCCUGCUUUUAAGUCGAUGCCAAGUGCUAGUCAUUCUUUUGAUGAUCUCUCGAAUGUGUAUCCAUUCCACAUUCUGCGACUCUCUUUGAUUUCCUCUUCAACUGGAAUAUGAUUUGUCAUCUGCCACCGUAGGUUGUUACAGAUGGUAUCUGGCCAAUGGGUAUUAAAUAUUUUGCGUAGAAAACUGUUUACAAAUAAUUAUACCUUUUUGAUGAUAUUUGUAGUAAUUUUCAAAGUUUCAUUUGCGUAUGACAAAACCGUCUUUAGUUUCGUAAUAAAAAUUCCAACUUUGGUGUUGUCUAAGAAAUGUUUUGAGCUGCAAAUGUUCUUCAACUUUAGGAAUUUUUAACUCCUGUUUUUCCAAAGGCAGUAUAAAAUAAAAAAAAGGAACAGAACAGUUGUUAGCAUGUUUCCUCUUUUUGUCUAUCACUUGCAAUAAUUAAGAGAGACGAACACAUUGGAAUUCAUGUAUCUCAUAUAUGAUGGCUUCAGAAAAAAAUGACUUGUAGCAGUUAAACUGUAGACUACCUGGUUGGGAUCCGCGAGACGAUAGUAACCGAUGACUAGAGACCUUGAAUGAAAUGACUCAAAAUCGUUUGCAAUGGCGCAGGUGCAUACACUCUUUGUGUUCUCCCGAAUUCUAAUCUUCUGGAUUAUUCAUGUCCCUUUUUUUCUCUUUCCAUAUUUAUUUCACUGGAUUAUGCUCCUUGAAUAACAUCUUCAAACCCUAAUCCUUCCGAUUAAUGCUUAUACUUUUACUACCUCUACCACUAUGGGAUUUGAAUCAACAACUGCAUUUCUGUGCUAAUGUGGUGUGGCAACUCAAAGUGAUGUACGUACGUACGAAGUUCUACUUUGUUACUGACUGACUGACUGACUGACUGACUAAACGGUUCCUAAACUUUCUUGGCUGAAGUUAAGUGUCAGAUUAUAGCGACUCACGUGCAAAUGGGUUUAUUCUCAUUUAACUCAGUUAAGCCCUUUUGCUAACUUAUUUAGCGGACAAAGCCAUCCGCACUAUAACAAUUUAUUGUACCCUUAUUAUUAUUUUGUGCUUGUAUGAAAUACGCAUGCUUGAAUAUUGCUUACGGCCUACGCAUUUAUUCACUCUGCUAGUCUCACUACUAACCGCUUAUUUGAUUCGAUUACUCAUUAAUUUCACAUGCUAUAUAUAUGUCCACGUUAUUCAUAUGGUUGACUCUGCUUUCUCGCUCGCUUGAUUGUACUCGAUUACUUACAUUCGCUCAGUCGCUCGCUUGCCUGUUUGCCGUUCGACACAACUCUUAAUGCUCGUUUAAUGCAUCUGUAAUUUUGGACAUCUGUGUGUGUGGUCUCGAAAUAAACGUAAUCAACGCUUCGUAUUCGCCUUCUGAAUAAUAUACCGUUGGGGUUAAAUAGGAUGGUUAUCAAGACGAAUUGUAUACGAAGUUUAAGGGAUAUAUCGAAUACCGGCCACCACAAGAUACUAACUAUGAAACACAUUGUGAAAAUGUAUUUUUUUAAAUAAAUAAAAUUUGGAAAUAUGUUAUUACAGAGAUUUAUUGAUAUAUUGCACAAUAAGUACUGAGAAUUGCUUACCUUAACAAAAUUUGUAAGGCUUUUCACCUAUAAUACAUUAUCAAUCUUUAGUUGUUUUGUACAGAGACUUGUAAAAAUUAGUUCAAGUUUGAUUUUUUUACUUGUAAAGUAUACUGUAACAUAUAAAUUUAAACUUCAAGACCUUGCAAUGUAUCCAAUCAAUAGUGGCGAGGUUUUAACUUAGAAACAAAUCAAUGAGAUUUACGACAAAAUGUCUUGGUGUUUGAUACAAAAUUCACACUUUCAUAUACUUAAAUACUAUUUUGCCAUUGUAGUUAAUACCAAUUCUCAUUCCUAAUUUUGAUAUUCCACUCUAAACCCUAAAUCUUGAUCUAUCACAUUAAUUUACAAUAUUCUUUUGCCACUAGUUAGUAGGUGAAUAUUUUUUAAAGGUCACUUUAACACUACUCAUAGAUUGUCUACUUUAACAAGUUAGAUUAUGUACAGUGUUUUUGAUAGCUUAUUACCUACAAUUACUAUAUAAGGGACCAUUCUGUUAACAUAAACUAUUUAAUUGAUAUGAUUCCGAAAAUUUUGUUUUCUAUAUUUCAUUAUCAAAGUACAAGUACUGUUUGGCUGAUCACCAAAGUU